UUGUCCCCCACUUUCUCCACCCUGCAGGCGCUCCAGGCCCUAGCCCCUUCCCCAGCUAUGGCUCCUGGGGCUCCCUCAUCCAGCCCCAGCCCUAUCCUGGCUGCUCUGCUCUUCUCUUCUUUGGUGCUGUCCCCAGCCCAGGCCAUUGUGGUUUACACGGACCGGGAGGUCUAUGGAGCUGUGGGCUCCCGGGUGACCCUACACUGCUCCUUCUGGUCCAGUGAGUGGGUCUCAGAUGACAUCUCUUUCACCUGGCGCUACCAGCCUGAAGGAGGCCGAGAUGCCAUUUCGAUCUUCCACUAUGCCAAGGGGCAACCCUACAUUGACGAGGUGGGGACCUUUAAAGAGCGCAUCCAGUGGGUAGGAGACCCUCGCUGGAAAGAUGGCUCCAUUGUCAUACACAACCUAGACUACAGUGACAACGGCACUUUCACUUGUGAUGUCAAAAACCCACCAGACAUAGUGGGCAAGACCUCUCAGGUCACGCUCUAUGUCUUUGAAAAAGUGCCCACUAGGUACGGGGUGAUACUAGGAGCUGUGAUCGGAGGCGUCCUCGGGGUGGUGCUGUUGGUGCUGCUACUUUUCUACCUGGUUCGAUACUGCUGGCUACGCAGACAGGCGGCCCUGCAGAGGCGGCUCAGUGCCAUGGAAAAGGGGAAAUUGCACAAGUCUGCGAAGGACUCGUCGAAGCGUGGGCGGCAGACGCCAGUGCUGUACGCCAUGCUGGACCACAGCAGAAGCACCAAAGCUGCCAGUGAGAAGAAGUCGAAGGGACUGGGGGAGUCUCGAAAAGAUAAGAAAUAGCGGUUAGCGGGCCGGGCGGGGGUGCGGGGGUCAGGGGCGACGGAGGCCUCCAAAGGCGCUCAGGUGGUGGUCAUCGAGAUGGAGCUUCGAAAGGAUGAGCAGAGCUCGGAGCUUCGGCCUGCUGUCAAGUCCCCCAGCAGAACCAGCCUCAAGAACGCCCUCAAGAACAUGAUGGGCCUGGACUCAGACAAGUGAUCACCACCCCUCCGGGCCCUGCCAGAGCAGGGGGACCUAGGCUCCUCUUAGCCCCCGUCUAGGUGCUUGCCUCCCUUGCUCCCCAGCCCUGCCCUGCUCUCACCUCCUGUUGAGAUGUAAGUUUCAUUCCAAAAUUCAUUCCCAAUCGCUUGUACUCUCCCUGACCUCACCCCUUGGCUUUCUGGGAGCCCAGGGACUAAUCCUACCCCUCACCUGCCCCCAAGGGCUGUGUGUUUGGUGCCUGUCCCUUGGGCACUGAGAAGAAAGGGACCUUGAGAGUCCCUACCCCAACUCCAGGCCAUUUGGCCUUCUCAUCUCCUGCUCCCUAUCCUGACCCCCUGGCUCUUUCCUUUCUUGCCCCUUCCUCCAUCAGGUGGCCCAGCUCAAUUCUCUGUCCUCCAGCUAACACCCAUGUCACCCACAUCACACUCUCCUUUGGGGUUUAUUUAGGUUGUUGAUUAUUUUUUAUUUUUUAAUCCAUUUGUUUGUUUACCUGUGCCCAUACUCUGUCCUGUCCCCCAUGACUGAGGACCAAUGACGUCAUGUGGCUUUGCAGUCCCCACCCCCAUUAGGACCUUAAUGGAGAGCCAGCCAGCCCAAGCAGAGGGACCCCUAAAUCCUUAGACCUCACCUACAGGAUUAAUGCCCCAUGACUUUGUUAAAACAUUAUUUUGGGACUCAAGACCUAGGCGAAGGAGAGAGAGAGAGAGACAAUGAUCCUCAUAGGUCAGGGGUGGCAGAGGGGGCAAGUGAGCCUUAGAAAUGGCUUUAAACAAUCAAGCAGAAAACUGGGGGGGAAAUGGGAAAUAGGAAAAGAGACUGUACUCCCAGCCACAGGUGAUUCUUAGAAUUUUUCUACAUUCUGUAUAUUUCUUCUCAAGUCUCCAAGUGUCCUUAAAUGUUUAAUAAACACUGACAUUUCCAGAAGCUGCU